AAGACAAGCAUAAGCUCAUUCCAAGAAAUGGCUCUUUCUGAUCAAUCUAUCUCAAAAACCAGCAAGGGGAAGACAGGUUCCUGGCAGUUUUGAUCAGACAUGGCAAGAAAAUUAGUAAUCAGUUUAGCCAUUUUAACCAUUGCAGUGGCUUCACUUGUUCACAGCUCUAUAGCAGAGACGCUUGUUGUUGGGGAUGGCUUGGGCUGGUUGGUGCCUCCAGGUGGUGACCUAGCUUAUGCUGCUUGGGGAGCCAUUAAUAUCUUUACUGUUGGUGAUGUUCUCUUGUUCAAUUUCACUACUGGAACGCAAGACAUAGCAAGGGUCACAAAGGAAGCAUAUCUGACCUGCAAUUCAAGGAAUCCCAUCUCCCUGAAAACAACCGGUCCUGCAAAUUUCACCUUAGACACCACUGGUGAAUACUUCUUUAUCUGUACAAUUUAUGCACACUGCACAUUAGGCCAAAGACUAGCCAUCUAUGUUGCUGCCCCUGGACCUCAUCAUCCACAUGCAGCCCCUUCGCCAGUCACUCCUAGAGCACCAGUGACCUACACCGUCGGUGAUGGCUUGGGUUGGCUUGUCCUUCCAGGUGGUGCACUUGCUUACAUGACUUGGGCCUACAAGAACACUUUCAUGAUUGAAGACACUCUAGUUUUCAAGUUUGUGGAUGGACUACAAGAUGUUGCACUGGUGACCAAGGAAGCCUAUGAGACCUGCAACACGAGUAGAACAAUUCAAGUUUGGUCUACAAGUCCUGCAAAGAUCUUACUAAAUUCUACUGGGGAUUAUUUCUUCACCUCCACUUAUCCACGCAACUGCAUCUUGGGUCUGCAGCUAGCCAUUAGAGUAGUCUCCACCAGCGGAAAUGGUAGUGCACCUUCUUCUAGCAUAGCCCGUCCUGUGAAAGAGGGCCCCGUGACCGCGUCUCCUUUUCCAGCUAACUCAGCUCCGUCGCGAGCCAUUGCUGGAGUCUUUAUUACCCUAUUGUCCAUUGCCAUGGCUGUGUUUUAGAGUAGAUGCGCCCACUAGCUAGCCAUAUAUAUAGUUCGUUUAGUUCCCUACGUGGUUACUACUAUUAUUAUAAUUUUGGUUCAGACCAUUUUCAUUGGUCUGAUUUACUUUAUAUAUAGAUUUGUAUGAGAUAAUAAUCUUUCUGUAAGAUAUAUAUACAUAUUUUUGUGUUUGUGGAUUU